AUGCCUGUCGAGAAUGAGGAUAAUUUUCAAGACGCUGUAGCUCCGUUUCAUGUGACGCGAGUAGCAGUUAGACCACCACCGUUCUGGAAGCCAGAUCCGCGGCUAUGGUUUGCGCAGGUGGAAGCUCAAUUCGCGCGAGCUGGAAUUUCCACCGACGAGACGAAAUUUUUCACAGUGGUUGCGGAAAUCGAUUCGGCGGUACUGGCGCACGCUAGCGACAUUAUUUCGGCUCCACCUAGUGUGGGAAAAUACGAUGCAUUAAAGCAGAGGCUGAUUGGAGAGUUCGGCGAGUCUAAUGAGAAGCGGCUCAGGCGUUUAGUGGAAAGUUGCGAGUUAGGGCAAAAGAAACCUACAUCGUUAUUGUGGGAGAUGAAGGACUUGGCAAAUCAACAGCUGGGUAAAGACAUGUUGAAGUCUUUGUGGUUACGGUGUUUACCCGUGCAUGCACAACAAAUUUUAGCGACUAUCGAGGGUGAUGUAGAUGACCUGGCUAAGAAGGCUGAUGAUAUUUUGGCGAUUCCAGCAACGAGUACCGGGGUUGAUUCUGUCAGUACUUCGAGUGCCGAAAUGACAGCAACCAUUUCCGAAUUGGUGAAUAGGUUAAAUCGUUUAGAGAGUCGCGAUGUAGGUCGACGGAGUGGAGCACCUCCGCAACGGGCAAGAGCAGUAAACAGUCGCAGCGGAGCAACACGAGAUGGGUGUAACGAUUUGUGCUGGUACCAUCGCACUUUCGGCGAGAAGGCAACACGAUGUCGACAACCGUGCGGUUUCCAUCGAAGGCGCUCGGAAAACUAG